CGAACACACGAUGGAGCCCAUUCGAAUUGAAAAUGAAUCAAAGGUGGUCAGUUUUUACACAGGAAAGAACAUUUUGAUCACAGGCGCCACUGGGUUUAUGGGCAAAGUUCUGAUCGAGAAAUUGUUGAGGACAUGCAAAGGUGUUGGUCGUAUCUAUCUCAUGGUUCGGCAGAAAAAAGGCAAGACCAUCGAGCAAAGGACUCAAACCUUAUUUGGCGAGGAGGAUUAUUAAAGGAUGGCCAAAUACUUACACAUUUACAAAGCAAGUCGCUGAAGACUGUGUCCAGCAUUUCGGGAAAGGCCUCCCAGUGGCAAUUUUUCGACCUUCAAUAAUUAUUGGUUCGAGCGAAGAGCCAGUUCCCGGCUGGAUAGACAAUCUGUACGGCCCGACGGGUGUUUGCGUUGCAGUUGGGGCGGGGAUCAUGCGCACUUCUUUGUCAGAUCCCACCAAGGUGGCCGAUAUCAUUCCUGUCGACUACUGCGUCAACGCCAUGAUCAGUCUAGCGUGGGAUGUUGCAACUAACAGAAAUGAGGACUCACUGGACAUUCCGGUUUACAAUUAUGUUUCUUCCUGUGAUAACCCUAUCACGUGGGGUGACUACUUCCACUACAAUAUGAAAUAUGGAACUGCAAUGCCUUGCAGCAGAGCUAUAUGGUAUUACACCCUAACAAUGACCAAGAGUCGAUUCCUGUUCGCUAUCUUAAGUUUCUUCUUCCAUACCUUACCAGCCAUGCUCAUGGAUUUAGCUUUGGUCGCAACAAACCACAAAAGAAGGAUGAUGACAGCAUAUGCUAAAAUACACAAGUUCCUCGAGGUUAUAGCAUUCUUCAGCACGAAGCAGUGGAAGUUCAGCAACAACAACGUGAGAGCGUUGUGGGAUAAAAUGAGCCCCGCGGACAGGGAGGCGUUCAAAUUCGACAUGUCCACCCUGGAUUGGCAGUCCAUGCUCAAGGAGAACGUUACAGGUGUCCGCAAGUAUCUCCUCAAGGACCCGCCAACCACGAUCCCGGCCGCCAGAAGACGCAUGUUCCUACUGCACAUUUUGCACCGAGUCCUCCAGCUGGUUCUGAUUGGAUUAUUUGUAUGGAUGGUUUACGGGCUUUCUCGAUAUCUAUCUCAUCACACAACAUCUUUCGAAUCUACGGUGUCAAAUAAGGAUACUGUUCAAUUGAUAGCAGCUCGUUUCUCGCGAUGAAGUCUAGUCUGUAACACCAUGAUACUUGGAGUGACACGCUUUAAUUUAUUUGAAUUUUUUGGAAUUUAUUUCAAUAGAUAAUAUAAAAAUGUUAGGAGAUAAGAGAUAACAAUGUGAUAUUUUUUUGGCUGUCAAUCACGGAUGUCCAAUCGAGAACGAUUCUUUUUCUGGACUAAUUUGCGAGCACUCUGUGUAGUAUAGAAUGGUCUGAUUUACUUCAAUCGAAUAUUCUAUCGAUUCAGACUGAUUUAACCCUGUGAAUGCUCUCUUUACGAUUAGUAUUUAUUUUCUUGUGUUCUGCACGCUGCGCUUGUGUGAUGCAGAAUUAUACCAGGGCUUAUCCCCUGUGAACGAAUAUUUUCCGCAAAUAAUAAAGGCUUCGGAUACAUACAUUUGUAAGAAAAUUUUAUGAAAUAGUGUAGGUCAAAGAAUGACAAAACACAUAAUGCAAACUUACAUUGUUGAAUAGUGUUUUGAAAUGUUAACACAUCUAAACGCUUCAGAAUAGGAUGCAGUCAAUUUAUUUUGUUCAAAAGAUAGGCAAGUAUGACGGGCGACGAGUCUUUAUACCAGAAGAUAUGAUGAUUUCGUGAAGAUUUGAAAAGUCAAUAUUUUCUGUUUGGUUUUAGAUUCCCUUUUUUCUACGAUGACCUUACUUUUACAAAUAAGAAUGUUUUUUAAUACUUUUUUAACAUUUCCGCAAGGUCAAGAAUAUUCAAAAUUUUCAUUGAAAAUACUUGAGACAGUUAAAUGAAAGAGUCUAUACCUACACACUGAUACUAAAGCAAUGAAUGUUAGUAUACCCGUUUUUCAGACGCACUAUUUAUAAUACUAUUUUUUUUCGUAUCCUACCCAUCAAUUUAACCGAUGGUCCUUAUCUAAAAUUUUCUGCUUAUUUUUUGUAUUCUACUGUUAAGAAUUUUAGUAUUUUAAAUUCGUUUAAAACCGAACCACGCUUUGCUUCGGCAAAUCCUGGUUUUAUAUCCUGUGAUGUAGUUAUAUGUGGAAUUUUUUUUAUUUCUAAAUUAAAAUUAAUUUUAUGUAUUA